UUCUUUUACCUAAUUUUUCUGUAUUAUUCAUCAGUCAACACAUGAAAACAUUCUUUAUAUUCACAGUUCUAAUGGAUGAAGUUGUCAGCUAGUCAAUUUUUACUUAUUUUAGUACUUAACUUUCACAGUUAAAAUCACAAAAGUUGGUAGUAAAAAUUUUGAAUUAGUAGUGGGGUAAGGUUUCACAGCUGGUAAUUUAUGGUAUAUACCUUACUCUAUAAUGGGUGCUUUGCUUCUUUUUUUUUCUUGCUUGAGUAGCCUCUAUGAGUAUGCAAAGAAUCUUAUCAUUCUGUUGCAUUUUGUGUGUAAAAACGUGUUCUUGAAUUCUUAUAUAGUGAGCUGUGCGUGAUUUUCUUUAACAUUCUGUUGCAUUUAAUGUGUAAAAAUGAGUUCUUGAAUUCUUUGCAAUGAGUUCUUGAAUUCUUUUUCAUGGUGAGCUGUGUGUGAGUUUCUUGAUUCUUUACAAGAUCUGUUAAAUUUCUUGUUCCUAGUGACUCAAAAUGGCUCCAAGAUUGAAUUUUUCUGACUGGUGGGGGAAGGAAACACAUAGGGGAACACCAGUAAUAGUGAAAAUGGAGAACCCCAAUUUCUCCAUUGUUGAAAUUGAUGGUCCUGAUGCUGCAUUUAAGCCAAUAGAAAAGAGUAGAGGCAAGAAUGCUAAACAAGUGACAUGGGUUUUAUUGCUUAAGGCUAAUCAAGCUGUUGGUUGUGUUGCUUGGCUUGCAACAAUUUUAUGGACUUUAAUUGGUACUAUCAAGAAUAGAUUGAUUUUUAGACAAGGGGUUUCUCUUGCAAGUGAAAAACUUGGAAAGAGUAAUCUACUUUUCAGAAUAAUUAAAGGUUGUUUGGGUGUUUCUUUGGUUAUGUUGGCUUUUGAAGUGAUUGCGUACUUCAAAGGCUGGCAUUAUUUCCAAAAUCCAAAUUUGUAUAUACCACAUACCUCUGAUGUUUUGGGGUUGUUCCAUAUAAUAUAUGUUGCUUGGUUGGAUUUUCGUGCUGAUUAUAUCGCGCCUUCUGUUCAAAAACUUUCCACAUUCUGUACUGUUUUAUUCCUUAUUCAGUCUUUAGAUCGUUUGGUACUUUGUUUGGGUUGUUUUUACAUAAAGUGCAAGAAGAUUAAGCCAAGGAUUGAAGGGGAUCCAUUUAAAUCAGAUGAUCUCGAGGGAUCAGACGACAGUUACCCUAUGGUUCUAGUGCAGAUUCCUAUGUGUAAUGAAAGAGAGGUAUAUGAGCUGUCUAUAACAGCAGUUUGCCAACUUGAUUGGCCAAAAGACCGUUUGUUGAUUCAAAUUCUUGAUGACUCCGACAAUGAGUGCAUCCAAGAGUUAAUAAAGUCAGAGGUCGCUAAAUGGAACCAAAAGGGUGUCAACAUUAUUUACAGGCACCGUCUGGUUAGAACUGGUUACAAAGCAGGGAACUUGAAGUCCGCAAUGAGUUGUGACUAUGUGAAGGACUAUGAAUUUGUUGCAAUCUUUGAUGCAGACUUCCAACCAACUGCAGAUUUUCUUAAGCAGACAGUUCCACAUUUCAAGGAUAACCCGGAGAUAGGAUUAGUUCAAACAAGAUGGGCAUUUGUUAACAAAGAUGAGAACUUGUUGACUCGUCUCCAAAACAUUAAUCUGUGUUUCCAUUUCGAGGUAGAACAGCAGGUGAAUGGGGUAUUCUUGAACUUCUUCGGUUUCAAUGGAACUGCUGGUAUUUGGAGAAUCAAAGCUUUGGAAGAGUCUGGAGGUUGGCUUGAGAGGACCACUGUGGAGGAUAUGGAUAUUGCUGUUCGUGCGCACCUCAAUGGCUGGAAGUUCAUAUAUCUUAAUGAUGUGAGGGUCUUCUGUGAGGUUCCUGAAUCUUUUGAAGCUUAUAGGAAGCAACAACAUCGGUGGCAUUCUGGUCCCAUGCAACUUUUCCGAGUUUGUCUUCCUGCUAUUGUUACUUCCAAGAUAUCAAUAUGGAAGAAAGCCAACUUAAUACUUCUUUUCUUUUUGUUGAGAAAGCUCAUCCUUCCCUUCUAUUCAUUCACAUUGUUUUGCGUAGUUCUUCCUCUAACCAUGUUCAUCCCAGAAGCCGAGCUCCCUUUCUGGGUUGUUUGCUACAUACCUAUUCUUAUGACACUUCUAAACAUUCUUCCAGCACCAAAAUCCAUUCCUUUCAUCGCCCCCUACCUCCUUUUUGAAAACACUAUGUCAGUGACAAAGUUCAAUGCUAUGGUAUCUGGACUUUUCCAAUUGGGAAGCUCGUACGAGUGGGUUGUUACCAAAAAAGCUGGAAGGUCUUCUGAAUCUGACCUACUGGCCGCUGCUGAAAAAGAUUUAAAAGCAUUUGGGGCACCACAAAUUAGCAGAGGGGCUUCGGAAAGUGAACUUUCUGAGCUGAACCGACUGAACAAACAGAAAGAUGAAACUUCUACACCUGUCAAGAAGAGCAACAAAAUAUACAGAAAAGAGUUAGCUCUUGCUUUCUUACUCUUAACGGCGUCAGCGAGAAGCCUUUUAUCUGCUCAUGGACUCCACUUUUACUUCCUUCUUUUCCAAGGAGUGACAUUCCUCCUAGUAGGUCUCGAUCUUAUUGGCGAGCAAAUUAGUUAAUGUUGCACAAGACAGGAGAAACAGCCACCUAUUUAUUGUGUUCAAGAAAUGAUACACUUCCUCUCAUCUGAACUUUGUAACGGCAGAAUAACAGAGACAAAGGAAUAGCUCGGAUGUUUCCACUUAUGGACUUCUGCUAUAUGAGGUGAAGCCAAUUAGGAUUUUGUACGCAAGACUGUUAUGUCAUGCCUGUGUGAGUUCCCUAAUAUCAUUAUAUAGGGUAAUUGUUGUCAGUCUUUUACAGAGUCAAUUGUUUGUCAAUAAUACUAUAGAUAGAAGCAAUCUCAUUUUUUUACUUCAUUUAUUUCUGAUUUGGGAUUUCUCAAAGUCAGUACUUAUGUGUUCAAGGCACUUCACAUUCAUCAUAUUAUGUAUAUAGGGAUCUAAAAUGGCUAAAUAAGGCUAAGUCAAACUUGCUUUUCAAAUUCUUGGAAUUAUCUGUUGUAAUGAAUGAGACACCCUACCAUCCAUGUA